UGAAAUCAUUCAGAACACGGCUGGCUGCCGGGGUUACGAUAGGCAGAAUAACAUAGUGAAAUCAUUCAUCCCAAAAUAUUAACCAUGUGAUGGAGGAUUAAAUGACCAAAGAGGAGUUUUCAUCAUGAGGACGAAGCUUUCGAAUAGACAGCCUACUCGAUAUUGGGGAAAUAUGUAGUAGACUACGAACGGAACGGAAUGCAUAGCAGAGGUCAGCUGUGGGAGUCAGUCGCCCCCGCAGUUUUCUGAGCAAAGGAUGAAGUUACAGAGGAGGAAGCCAAACGGUGAAUAGUCCACUACGGGCAACUAGCAAACUACAUUGUUAUGAAUGGUCCACACAAUGCGGUAUUUUAGUCGGCUAUGCUUUGGGGUUUGAUUUCUUGCUAGCCUAUAUCUUUCAGACUUUUUAAUGGCUAAAGAUUAUGCUUAGCUAAAUAUAUGAAAUGCAUAUUUCUUUCUGGUGCAUUUCUACCUAUAAAGCUUGACACGUGCCCCAAAAAAUAAUUUCGUUAAUAUGUGAUUUCAGUAUCCUUUAUAUGGAUGUACAGGAGUGGAUAUUGGUACAGCAACAUGUUUGUUAUAGCAAACCUGGGUUAUUGACAAAGGCUAAGCAAAUCAUCACGGGCUGCCAUCUGCCAGGACCCCCACUUUUGAAUUGAACAAUGACUGGACCCAACGCCACUAGCACUAGUUCAUCUGCCGCUAAAAUGGGGAGGCACCGAUCCAAAAGCACAAGUGGCAGUACGUACUGCAUCUCGAGCCCGGGUGCUGAAUCUGCCACCCUUAGCACCCCCAACAACGCUGGACGUUCAUCGGGAGAGGAAGAGGAGAAAGAUGGGGGGGUGCUAUUUUACGUGAACAGAACUGGUUUUCCCAUUGACGGUGUCACUUGGGAGAGGAUGUGGACUCACGUGGCCAAAGUACACCCUGAUGGACAAGACAUUAGCAAGAUAAGGAAUGCUGCAUACCUUCCUAAACACCCUGUGCCAUCGGUCCCCAACUUCAAGCCCACCAUGUCUGUCCCUGAUUGGCUGCUGGCCAUCCAGAACUACAUGAAGACACUGCAAUACAAUCACACAGGAACUCAGUUCUUUGAGAUAAGGAAAACUAGACCAUUGUGUGGGUUGAUGGAGACCGCGAGAGAAAUGAUCAGGGAAUCUCUUCCAAUCAAAUGCCUUGAAGCUGUCAUCCUUGGAAUCUACCUGACCAAUGGGCUGACCUCGGUGGAGCGUUUUCCCAUCAGCUUCAAGACCCAGUUCUCAGGGAACCACUUCCACCACGUGGUGCUGGGCGUCUACUGCAAUGGACGCUAUGGCACGCUGGGCAUGAGCCGCCGCCAAGACCUCAUGGACAAGGCCCUGACCUUCCGCACGCUCAGCGAACUGGUGUUGGAGUUCGAGGACUCGUACCGUCGCUACCAGCACACCCUGAAGAAGGUGAAGAUCGGCCUGUACGUGCCCCACGACCCGCACGUCUUCCAGCCCAUCGAGUGGAAGUACCUGGUGCUCAACGCCGCCCGUCUGGGGAGAGAGGACAUGAGGAAGGAGCUGGAGAAGCAUGGUCGAGACAUGAGGAUGAAGAUCCUGAAGUCGUCAAGUGCCCAGUCUCCCAUCAAAGAACGGAGCAGAGGCAAGUCUCUCUCCCCCCGCCGCCGACAGAGCAGCCCCCAAAGACGGCACAUCCACCGGAGAGACAAGUCACCUGCGGCUCUGGAUCGAAAGCCUGCAGAACUCAGCACUUUGACCGACGGCUACCAGAUCCGCAUCUGAGACUCCUUGGAACUGGACUACAUUCUCCUGGUCUCCACUCUGACCCCCCCCCCC